AUGCGGCUCGUAUUAAUGGUAACACCAAACUGCAAAGUCUGAAGUUAGUUUAGGAGGUAAACAAGAGAUCGAACGAGAGCUAUGGCCUUUUUCUAUCUCUAAAUAGUGUACGUAUCGCAAAAAUACCAUCGCCGCAUUAUUGGUUCUAAGGUGUCUUCCCUGCGGUAUAAAUAUAGGCGAUUUGCACACUUUGUAUAGUCGACUAUAGUAACUAUUACAUCUUCAGAGUGCGUAUUGUAUUUGCUUGGGCGAAUAGGACACCCCGGCUACAAAAAUAUCGUAUAAUAUCUCAAAGGAUGCAUGCAGAUGCAGCCCUGUCUUAUAUGUCACAAAGCAACCCUGUACAUAGUAAUAUUAUAUAAAGUGACUGUCUGUUAGUUUUAGCACAAGUCCCAUUGAAUUUGCGGGAAGGGACCUAAAAGUAAAGCUUUUUACAGUAGGGUAAAGCCAUGGAAGGUCAAAAGCUGAUGGAAAUUCGAAACAUUAGAAAAUACUUCUCGACUGAAAUUACACCCAGAGAGAAACAAUGCGCGCUGGUGAAUUGCAGGUCGAUUCUGUACUUAGUCGACCUACCAUUAAAUAGGGGACAUAAAAAUGUGACACACAUAAAUAACGGGUUAGAUACUAUUUUUAAUAUUGGAUUAUUCGCUAGCCGAAAAGCAAAAAGCCAUCAAGAACAUCUAUGUACUAGAAAAAUGUAUAAAGAACGUUUACAUUAAACAGCAUUGCUUUACACUACGAGGUUUCAUAAGAACUGCGUUUAAAGGAUUUCAUUUGAUCUUUCUCAGUGAGUCACCAGCAUAGCGUACGCGACCUUUUACAAAGCAAUGCUUGUUCCAUAGAUGUUGUAGGUUCAAACUCACCAGUAGAAAAAUUUUGAUCGUAAGAGAAGGGUUUCAGGAAUGGAAAAGGUCGGCGACAGAUUUACAUUGAGCCGUGCAUUUACAUUCCAACAGAACACUGAAGAAGUGUUACGUUGCAAUGAAACUUUUCGUAAAAUGCUCACAUUUUUCACAUACACUUUUUAAGAGGCAGCUGGCAGUCAGCUACAGGAAAACUCUUACGUAACUCUUUUUUGAUUUAAUGCCAGUAUGCCUAACUUUUCAAAUGACCAAAUUUCAGGGAAUAAACGCAGCUUACAAGAUAUGUCCUAAAUUAUCUAAAAAUGCUUUGCAUUUAAUAAACACUAACACUGUUAUUGGCCCUUAGUAUAUUUAAAAAUUCAUAAGUUUCACAUUAUGCAUGAUAUUCUUCUACAGACACAUUCUGCGUCAAAUCGACGCUUCAAUCAAUCACUUUCAACGUUUGCGGCGGUUCGUCUGGCUUCUCUGGGAAAUUGCCGCUUAAGCAAUCGCCCGGAGGCGUUUCUGUGUACAUAUACUGAUCACGUCAUCAUUGUGUUUUGCCAUAUUGGUUGGUCGAAACAGCUGAGAGAUGCGCCAUGGAGUGACGGCAUGGUUAGAGUAAAGACCUAUAGAGUGGAGUGGUGGUGCUCACGUAACUAGUACUGACUUCACUGUUCAGUAAAUUUUUUUGUGGUUUACAAAAGUUUUGCAGUUACGUCAGACGAAUAGGUAACGUAUUAACACUAACAUUAUGUGUAUACGUUGUGUGUACACAAUGUUGACUGACGGCAGGUCAUCAAAACCUGAUCUUGCCUUUAGCAUGCAAAUGCAGAGCAUUUUAGCGCAUAGAGUGCAAACUCUGCAUUUUUUUAAUGAAAAAAAAAGCCACUGGAUCCUGCUAGAUACAGCAAACGGAUUUGUUACUAAUGAUUGAGCUUGCUAGGAAACUUUAUGCAGAUAAAACGAUAUAUAUAUAUAAGAUAAAAAAUGAAUUCUAAACUUUUUCGAUCAGCCGUCUUGAGCUCUAGCGUGGCGAUGGAAAGCGUCGACGAUGCGGGUGCCGUUUGCGGCGAUUUCGACCCAUACAAUAUCAACAGCACGGACUUUAAUCCGGACCUAUAUCUUCAACGAGUGUUUAAAGAAUACCGUCUAACGGAAAUCAUGGACCGUGAACAACAGAUUCAUCGUGAGAUUCAGCUACUCGACUCGGAGAUGCAACGACUCGUCUACGAUAACUACAACAAAUUUAUUUCAGCUACUGACACGAUCAAGAAAAUGAAGACCGAUUUUCAGACAAUGGAACAAGAGAUGGAGUCACUUGUUGAGAAUAUGUCGAAAAUAUCUAUAUAUUCAGGCAAUGUAUCGCAGGCACUGCAUAAACGUGCUCAGCAGGUAGCCAAUCUGAAUACGACAUCAACUCUCCUUAAUCGUCUGCAGCGAGUGUUUGAGUUGCCGGAAAACUUACGAAAGCACAAAAAGAACGGACAGUUUGCUCAAGCCGUAACAUUAUUUACCUCAGCCGAGUCUAUUCUCAGUCAGUACUCGUAUAUUGCCUGCUUUAAAGAUAUCCAUAGCGAAUGCCUGGCGAUCGUCGACGAGAUCAAGGCGAAGCUGUUCGAACGUUUUGAAGAACGCCACGUCAACGUUAAGGAGCUCUCGGAGGCAGUGCAAUUACUCAAUUCGCUCCACGAGCCGAUUGAGAAACUUUGCGCGCAAUAUUUGGAACAAGCGGCUAUUUCGCUUAACCGAGAUUUGACUGUUUUAGUUCGGCAGGUGUCACUGGCUAAGGGCGAUAGUUCGCCUGCUUCUGCGGGUCUACCACCCGAACUACAUCUGCUCCAUUCGACGCAAAUGGAUGUACAGCAAUUUGUUGAUCAUUCAUGUAAUUCGUUUCUUGGGAAUAUAUCGUUAAUCAUUGCCUCGUACGCCCAGCUCUUCGUGUCUAGUGGACGUGCUCAGGUCGACACAACAAUAAUGGAACAACAACAAAACUUUGUACGCAGCCUAAUCGAGGACUAUUUCAGGCUGGUCGCGGAACGUAUUGAAGCAGAAAAACGGAACAACAACACAGAAGUAUGCGUGAAAGCGUUAGAUAAGACUUUCCGUCGAGUGCAAGCACUAAACAAUCUACUUCCACAAAUGGACCUUAAUACGAAAGUGUACGAAAUGAUUCAAAAGGCUGCAGAAGACAAAGUAGAAUUUUACUUAGAGGAGAUGCAGGUAUUCAUUGUCAAUAAAUUAGCUGAGCUUCGUCAUGAACUCAUUCAGCCAUUUAAAGGUAGCCUUAGUGUGAUUCUGGUGAAUCUCGAAGCAGCUGUACUCGAAAAGGUCAAGUGCGUCCUUUGGGAAAUGCGACAUUUCGUCUCACAGGACGUCACGUUUGCAGCAAGUCGUGGUCAGUUGCGCAAUUUCAUUUCGGAACAUUUGAUCAAGCGCGGUUUAUUAGGUAAAUUUAUCUCCUUCGCGGCCGAUACAAUGCGAAAUGAAUAUUGCGACUUAAGUGGCAACCCUCUCGUUCAGCUGGUUUUAUCGAAGCUGUGCCUUGAUCUAAGGCAUUCGCUAGUCAAACAGGUGUUUCGCAUGUGUGACGACGCCCUCGAAACGCAAUCGAUGGCCUCGAGUAGGCUGCCGGCUGAUGUUCAGGAGCUGGUAUGCUCCGUGGAAUCGUUAGCUGAAGAAAUGCUACAAGGUUUUGUUGUACGUUCUGGUGACGUGAUUUCGAAUAUGUUACGAAAAAGCGUCGAUGCCCGAAACUGGGUUGGCUGUGCCGAACCUCGAAAUGUACGAGCGGUUAUGAAAAGGGUUGUCGAAGAUCUCACGCAACUGGACGCUAACGUCGGUGAACUAUACGAAGAAGGCUCCCGUCGUGAACGUAGCAGCGACUCAAGUCGAAGAACCUAUCCGUAUUCGCAACGUUGGGGGCCCCCUUCCACUGGGCAUACGGAGUGCUCGAUGAUGCCUAACCUUAACUUUAACAAACUUUUCUCAGAGAAAAUCGAGAUUAUGAGCAAAGUGGAACCAAAUCGCGUGUCAGUGAUGACAGGAGUCAUCAAGAUCUCGCUGAAGACGCUCCUAGAAUGCAUUCGAUUAAAGACAUUUGGCAGAUUUGGCUUGCAGCAGGUGCAGGUGGACGCACAUUACCUGCAUCUUUACCUUUGGCGAUUUGUUCAAGACGAGCAGGUGAUUUUGGCAUUACUGGACGAGAUAGUGUCAAGCUCAAUACACCGAUGUCUCGAUCCUGUGCUUAUGGAGCACAGCGUCAUUGAAGUGAUCAGCGAUAGGGGAUAACAAAUAUACAGAUAUGAAAUUAACGAACUUGGACGUGCGACCUGCGCCUUUUAAGAAGACUGACUCUUAGGCAAAGCAAAGAUUAUUUUUGGAAAAUAUAUAUGUAAGAGGAGUAAGGAAUCAUGAGCGUGUUUAUGGUUGCGGAUAUUUGUUCCUGUUUCUUUGUUAAUACCAUCGAAGUAACGAGUCAUUCAGAAUGACCACCUGUAGAAAUUGCGUACUCAUAUUCUUACGCUUUUGUGGCUAAUUAUUGUAAAAUUAGGAAACCAAACAAACUUUUUAUCACUUGGCUUAAAUGAUUUAUGCAUGUCAUGUAAGUACAUCGAAGCUUAUACAGUAAGUAGGUAAUCAUAUAAUGAUUAUACCCACGUAGCAAUAAAAGCACAUGAAAGAGCAUUUAUUUGUCAAAAACGAGUGCUACUGUUUUUACCCCUCCACAGUUCCUCGGUCGACUCCUGUUGAUCUACGAAACUAUACUCAACAUGAUCAAUCGACCAUGCAUGGGACUAGGCUCUUGGGUUAAUCGUAUUGUCAUGACUUUGGCAUAAGUCGCGAACUGUAAUUUCAUCGCUGCAAGAAAUUUACAACGAUGUUUCGUGUAGCCAAAACUAAAAUACCAUGUUCACGUGAACUUAUAUCGUCACUGAAGCUAGUUUUUCCUGGAACGCUGGAUAAGUGACGAUAUAUCUUACUGAAGGGUAACAGUAAACCUUGAUGCUCUCUUCCAUAGAGAGACCUCCAGGUGGCACACUUGUGUUGUCCGGAAGUGUGUAGCAUCCUGGAUCUGUAAUCAUCCAGCCGAGUCGAGGUGUCAUCUUUGCUUUUUGAGUUCUUUCUCGAACUGGCAUCUGUAGCAUGGCUUGGCGCCUUCGACCUUCUGAAUAGUCAACCGGUUACCAAAACUCGAUCCUUCCUUGUAUCUAUUAAUUGAGGCCGAAAGCGUUCCACGUUACUAUUUCUGUUUAUUGGAAAACCAAUAAUAAUUUGCAAAACAAAAUUAUUGUCGUAGACUAUUGUCCCUAAUUAUAUUAAAAUGUCAAAACGUGCUGUAUUUCGUUCUUCUGUAAUCUCGACUCAGAUGCUGCUCGUAAUUUAUUCUGAGUGAAAAUUAAUAGUUUGAUAUUGAGAAAGCACAACCGCAGCCUAGAGGAACAUGAUUCAAUUAACUAGAUUUAAUUUGGUCCGAAUAUUUUGAGGCUUUAAUGUAAAGCAGAUUUCAAAUGAUGUGAGCUUCUACUAUCUUCGUAAGUUGACCAUACAGCUAAAGGCAAUCUACCUGUAGUCGAGAUUCACAAUUGUGGUGAACCUAAAUCAUUACGUCUAGAUACGCUCUUUGUAGGCGUGAAGUGUUUCUCAAAUACGCUACACACAAAAAAUUUCUUACGGAAUAGAAUUUUCGAUGCCAAAUAUCUCGAAGGUGCAAGGGUUCAGAAAGGUUAAAACAUUCAAAAAGGUGCAGAGGGUCUCAAGAAAACUAAUUGUUGGAGCUUAUCUAAAUGGCCCAAUUGGUAAUUGAUAUUAUCUUCUCUGAAACGAUCUUCAGUUUUUCUAUCAGAAGUUUAAAUGCCCCAAAAAUAGCUUUGAACAGUUUUGAUGAAUUCUCGAGCCCUUUCAACCUAAAUCCUAUCAAGUAUCUCCCGGUUUGGCUCCUGCAAGAAUGUUUCAGAUUUCUCAGUAGACUCAUGAAAACUAGUGUUAAAGACUGUCGAUUUAAAAAAAAAAAAGUUUAUCUUCUCGAAGAUUCUUCCAACGUAAAGAGAUUGGAUAAUAGCUGAUCUUAGCUCAAAACCCGAACCCGACGCACUGUUUUGUAGCAUGAUGAGUUUUUGUUCUGUUCUAUAAAUAUCUGGUUUCUGUCCGGUGUCAGGAGUAGCGGAUGAACGCGCUAUGACAAACAGUCUGCCAAGGUUUUCCCCAGUUUGAACUCACCAGUCCGUAUAUAUAGAUCAGAAAAAGGAACCU